AUUAGGCUCAGUAACGACGCGUUCGUGCUUCGAGCCCCGAUAUUAUUUCGUCGCGUUGUGUAAUACCGCUUCUAUAAGUGUAAUGAACUACUUGCUUUACAUUCCAUACUGUAUCCCUCGACGCUUACUUUGACGACGCGUCGUCGGCCGGCGCAACGGGCGGGCACGGAGGUUCCCCGGUUUGGCAUUCCCAAAAUUUGGGCAAUUAUGGAAAGAAGCGCGCGGCCAUCGUCGUCGACCGUCAUGUCUGAGCCAUCCCCUCUAAAACCUGAGGCGUCCUCCUCGUCCUCCCCUUUUCCUGUCUUGUCAACGGGCUCAUCAUUCUCCAACCUUUACAACCGUUUCUCGACAUGGCGCAAGUCCCUUGACCUGCCUAACCCUGGCACUAUCGAGAACCUCACAAAAGAAGUCAAGUCUACCCACUUGACAAACUUCUUUUUCGAUGGAGGACGUGCUGAUUUGACAAAGGCGUUGUCUGCGAACCCGGCUUUCCAGGUGACACACUCCUUUGCUUUGGGCUCGCAAACACAACCACCGUCAUACAACUUUGGAGCUGUCUUUGCAAACAACAAUGUCUUCCUUCAAGGAGGUAUGGACAAUGAGGGCAAUCUCAACUUGCGAGCGAACCAGGGCUGGACUGAGAACAACGUGACGAAGGUUCAAGGCCAGAUCUCAUCGCAAGUUGGCCACAGUAUGCUCCAAUUUGAACACGACUACCAGGGUCGGGAUUACACGCUCAACUUCAAAGCCAUUAACCCCCACCCAGCCGACUGGAGCGGUAUCUACAUCGGUGGCAUCCUCCAAUCCAUCACAAAAAACCUCGCCUUAGGUGUCGAGUCCGUCUACCAACGACCAGACCCUACGAUGUCCGAGGUUGGCCUCUCGUACUUGGCCAAGUACACCAGCUCAGAUAAGAACUGGAUUGCUACCGCGCAAGCGCAAUCUGGGGGCGUCUUGCAGGCAACGUAUUGGCAAAAACUGAGCGAGAAGAUCGAGGUAGCUGCUGAUUUGCAAAUGAUCGCUGGAGCUACGAGGAGAGAUGCAAUCGCAACAUUGGGCGCCAAGUAUGAUUUGAGGAUGUCGACUUUCAGGGCUCAGCUGGAUUCGACGGGUAAGGUGUCGGCGUUGCUUGAGCAGCGUUUCGCACCUACGUUCUCAUUCAUGGUCUCGGGGGAGAUCGACCACUUCAAGAACGCUGCUAAGGUCGGCGUCGGUGUGAUGAUCGAGAGCUCGUCGUUGACCCCCGAGGAGAUGGGCAUGACUCCCGCUGACCUAAUUGCAUGUUAUAUGCAUAUCGCACUGCUCAUCCCCCCUGUUGUCAUGCCAGCUCACGCACUUCAUCUCUCAGGACAUUAGAGAGAAGACAUUAUUAUAGCACACUAGUAUUGUCAUCUGGUGUGCAUUCGGUAUAUACAUCAUUGCUAUCAUGUUGUUUUCAUGCUUUAUCUUGUACUGAGCAAAAUGAGAACUGCGCAGUUGAGCGAAACU